AGCUCUAGCUAUCCUGGAACUAGCUCUGUAGACCAGGCUGGCCUCAAACUCAGAGAUUCGCCUGCUUCUGCCUCCCAAGUGCUGGGAUUAAAGGCGUGUGCCACCACCACCCAAAAAAAGUGUAAUACCUAAUUCAUGAUAUGUGACUCUAUAAAGGAUAAAAAACCACUUACAAGAUGUGGAAUAAUGUCUGUCUUGCCCCCUAUGACUAGGACAGUACCUUUGAAUACAACUAUACUAGUGUUCUGAGUGAGAAUGGGCCCAAAGGCUCGUAAGUUUGAAUACUGGGUUUCUAAUUGGUGGAACUAACUGAGAAUGGGUAGGAGGUAUGACCUGUUGGGAGAACACCUGUCACUCUCAGGAAGUUUUAAGGAGAUACAAAAGAUAGUGACACUCCCAGUGUAUUCUCUCUGCCUCCUUAUUAUGGGAUAGCAUGGCCAUUCUUUGCUCUGCUAUCACAGACACUCACACUCUAACUGCAAGCCGAAUAUAACACUUGCUUUUAAAACGUGUUUUAGCAGUUGUGAUUCAUCACAGCUAUAGAAAACACAACCUGUGCUCUUCGCCAUCUUUCCACCGGCCGGGCAGCAGCUCUCAUCAUGAAGGUCGAGCUGUGCAGUUUCAGCGGGUACAAGAUCUACCCUGGACACGGGCGGCGCUACGCCAGGACCGAUGGGAAGGUUUUCCAGUUUCUUAAUGCAAAAUGCGAGUCCGCAUUCCUGUCCAAAAGGAAUCCCCGGCAGAUAAACUGGACUGUCCUGUACAGAAGGAAACACAAAAAAGGACAGUCGAAAGAAAUUCAAAGGAAAAGAACCCGCCGCGCAGUCAAAUUCCAGCGGGCCAUCACUGGUGCAUCCCUUGCUGAUAUAAUGGCCAAGAGGAAUCAGAAACCAGAAGUUAGGAAAGCCCAGCGAGAGCAGGCAAUCAGGGCUGCCAAGGAAGCAAAAAAGGCUAAGCAGGCAUCCAAGAAGACCGCAAUGGCUGCUGCCAAGGCCCCCACAAAAGCAGCACCUAAACAAAAGAUUGUGAAGCCUGUGAAGGUCUCUGCUCCCCGAGUUGGUGGAAAACGCUAACUUGGAAGAUCGAGUUUUGCAUAAAGUCCAUUUCAAACUCUAAAAAAAAAAAAAAAGAAAACACAACCUGCUUUGGACCUUAAGAAGAUCCAUCCAAAUCCAGUCAAGAGAAUUUUCAUUGCAAAACUUAAAAAAAAAAAAAAAAAAAAAAAGUGUCAUUUUGAACAUGACAAAAUUUUUUUUCAUGUAUUUGAAUCUCAUGUAAGAUAAUACUUUCUGGAAGUUACUCCAGAAUAUUUUAGAAAUGAACAGUUUGAGGAAAGUAUAGUCAAAUUCUGAGCAUUUUUGUUAUUGGCCCAUUCUUCCACAGAGUUUUGCUUUCAUUAUGUUUUUAUUUGGAAGGCAAGAUGUGGUUUCUUUUAGUCCAGGUUUAUCGUUUCACAUCUGAGGAUUUAGAGCAAGAAACCACAAAUGAAAGAGAAGAGAGAUUUAUCUUUCUGAAUAUGGGUUAAUGUACUUGUUUUUUAGUUGAUUCUGUGUCAAACCGUUUUCUGACUUAAGAUUUCUUUAUAGCUGAAUGGUGUUCCGUUGGUAAUUAGAGAAGUGGCUGGAGAGGGCACUAGCUGGAUGUGAGGGCUGUGAGGAGAAAAAUGUGAAGACUGGAGGAAGAAAUUUCUAGUCGGGCACUAGAUGGGAAAGGUGAAUACAGGAAAGAGGAACAAAUACCAAUGUUGUUUGAUAAUGCUUAAGAUUGUUAUUUUGCACAUACCUAAAGUUAUAUACAAUACAUAAAAGUGCGACUGAGAUUAUGUAUCCACCAUGGAUACACACACGUGUAUAUUAAAUGACGUUGUAUCAUUUGACUUUGUAGUGCCUCCUCCCAAGAAUCCUGCACUAAUAAAAACACCAGUAUGAGAAA